AGCACAGAAGUUUACCUGACAGCGACAAUACAGGAUGACUGUAGCAGACGUUCGGAAGUUGCUGCGAAAUUUCCAGAAAUGGUUAGAUAAUCUACUUGAUCCAUAUACUGGAGUUUAAGGAAUACUGCCAUGAGAUUUAUCAUGAAAAGUGAAUCUUAUUCAAUCUAUUCUUGAAUGAAAUCUUAAUAUUUCUGUUAAAAAAAUAAGAUAUUCUGAACGAUCUUCAAUACGUGACAAGCAUUUGAAUGUACGUUUUUUUCUUGAUAUGUCCUUUUAGGCUUGUCAAAUUGCCUUGAGGUUUGGCUGCUCAUCCGCCAACACUGUGAACACCAGGUAAGGUACAGUUUGUUGUUCUACACUGAAACAACAAAUGCAAACUCAAAUUUGCCUUCUAGUAGGGGAGAGGAGCUUUAUUUCAAUGUGUUGUAUUUUAGCUGUAAAAGUGUUUUUUCUGCUCUAGCAAAUCUUAUUUAAUACAAGAUAAUUUAUGUUUGAAGUAUAUUGUCUUUAAUAUUGUCUUUAUUUACCUUGGUUUAAUACAUUGGUUAAAUCUCAAUAUAUUUUAACACUUAAAAAUCACCAAAGUACGAAUGUGUGCGAUGAUACUCUCUGCUCUCUCUCUCCCUCCCCCACCCCCCUUAUCUAGGUGUGGCAGUGUUGUUCUUGACUUUAUGAUGAGGUUCAAUCAAACUGUAGUCGUCAGCAAUGUUUUGAUUGUCCUGUCGGAUGCUGCAAGGCAAGACAAAUUCAGAGGUUUUAAAGUCAAUCCAGACUCAAUUAAACAAGUUUUAAUACCCACAGAUGGCUCGGAAAGCACAACAAAAGGUAAAUUUUACAAAGACAUUGUUCAAUGUUUACACGUAUUCUUCCGAAGAUGGACUGUUUAUAAUUGUAUUCCGUAUCUAUUUAAUUAAACAACUUAUUCUGUGACUGAUACACUUCCAAGUUUUUGUUUUUUUCGUUGUUGUUUUAUUUAAUUGAACAAAGUCUUACUCUUAAAAAUUAUUUUAGAGAGAGUAGCACCUUACUCUUCCUUAGUACCAAGCCAAUUAGAGUUAACGUUUUCCGGUCAUGAACCUUAGCUAUGUAGUGAGAGCAGUGUAUCGACCAGGAUCAGUGUAAAUGUUGUUUGAAUGUUAUUUCAUCAAGCUUUGCAAAAUGAAUCAUUUUAGGUCCUGAGGAAUGUAACUGCCCAUCUAACAACGUCUUGUUGGCCAUAAUUGGGGUUCUUGCCUUCACAGUCCUUCUUCUAAUUAUUUACAUAAUCUGGCUACAUAAGAAAGGUAGGUAAAAGAAUCAUAAUCUAUGUUUGGCUGCAAGAUUCUUUUUAACACAAAAGCAAAUUUUUACUCGCGUUUAAAUCAUUUUUAUUUUUUCCUUUCGUUGUUUUUCAGGCGCUGUAGGGAAACAGAGGUAAGAGUUUUCUGCUAGUUGGGUUGUGUCGAUAUAAUGUGCCCGAAAUGGUUUCAUCUUAACACAAAACUCCAAUAAAAACUGAUGAAAUUCUUAGCGUUUUAUAAUUAUUUAUAUGCUUUCUCAAUUGUAGGACUUAUGAAGAUGAGAGACGUGUUUGCCACGUAAGUUACAGCUAAGACAUUGAGGUCAUGUUAGUGUGACCAGAAAUUAUGUAAUCUUACUUUACCUCUACUUUCUAUGAGAAAAUAAACGCUUGCAGCAAAUGAAAAGGAAAAAAUUUUUAGUUCUACAUAAAAAAAAGCAUAUUGCAUCAGUGGCAGAUACAAUGAAAUAAAAGAGGAAGUUAGGCUCGAUAAGGUCUUUGUCCUGUGAUCAUGCAUAUGUCCUUUACCAAGCCACUCCAUGGAUUUUCCUUCGAUUGUCCCUGGUUCAACCGCUUGGUUUCACUUCGCAGAUCGCUAAUUGGUCUGCACCCGGUUGAUAUUUGCUUUCUAAAUAAUAGAUUUCGUGCAUUUUGGCCGUCGUAUUUUCUUGAUGCCUUAUUUUCUAAACGUGAGUUUAGGAGCUUGGUACUGCAAGAGUUGUUUCGUGUGUUUAUUUGUCAAAAUAUUGGACUACUAAUCGACAAUCUUCACGUUGCAGUUUGUAGCUUGGACGAAAAUGCUAUGAGCCUCGAUCACUCUAUUGGACAUGAUAGUUUCAAAAGCAGAGAACAAAAUGUUAGUAAUAAUAAGGACAAGAGGUUAUAAACUAUUUAUAAUCUCUUAUCAUGGAAGAAUAUAAACAUUUGUCUGAUAUAAAUGGGUGAACUGAUUUUUAUAACCAUGAGGCACUUUUUACUGGGAUUAAUAACAGAUUUGGAUAUGAAUACCUUAACAGUGUGUUGGUUUAAUAGAAUGAAACAUUAUUAGAAGAUAUCGAACCAAGUCUACCUGAUUCAAGAAAACUCACCCAGCCUCAUGCGGAAUACAUGGAUCUCAUAGAAGUCAACAAAGAUGAUAGAAAAGCACAAAGUACCCCUCCAGGUGCUGAUUACGUGCCUCUUCAUCCAUUAACACGCUGCUGGGAAGUUCCUAGACAUAACGUGACCAUAGAAAAAAUCAUUGGUAAAGGUGCUUUUGGUCAGGUUGCCAAGGGAACAGCGGUAGGACUUCCAGGGAGUCCUGAGACGACCACAGUGGCUAUUAAGAUGCUUAAAAGUGAGCUCUUGUACUGUAAAUUGAAUGAGUCUUGGCCUACAGACAUUCAGGAAAUGUAACCGGGUUACUGUAAUUAUUUAGCUAUUUGCCAUUUCAUAAGUUAUGUUGUUAUUCCGACAUUUCGCAUAUUAUUCCCGUUAACCAAAUUUUACUCCUUGUUUUUAAUGCUCCAGCAAACGCCUCUGAAUCGGACAAGAGAGAUCUGAUGAAAGAACUUGACACAAUGAAACAGCUAAAACCACAUCCUUACGUCAUUAAACUUCUGGGAUGUGUUACUGAAUCUGGUAUGCUUUGGUUAUGCGGGUCUAAUUUUGCUGUACACAUUUUUCUUAUGAUUUACUCUGUAACGCUUUCUCGUCAUUGAUAAUUUGCCUCAGUGGAAGGGUGACCGCUUCGCAAUUGAGCAAAACAAACAACCAUCGCAUAAGGUAGUUUUAUCUUAUUUUAGCCAACACAGACGUUCCUGGAUUUACUGAUAGACUAAGACCGAAUAUUUGCCACUGAACAGAUCAUUCUGUUGUAGAAGCAGAAACGCUUUUUGUAAGGGAAUAAUUGGUCUGUACUUUCUUAUGAGACCGUCGCAUAGUUUUUCUUGUUUUCAUGCGAUUUCUUCAAAAAGUGUUGACCAUGACUGGGUUAUUCAUCUAUUUCAAUUACUGCUUUUUUUUUUAAAGAAAGUAACAUAUCAAUUAAAUUAUUUAAUUUCUUCAGAACAGCUGUUGGUUUUGAUUGAAUAUGUGCCUUUUGGGGAUCUGCUGGGUUACCUGAGAAAGAGCCGUGGAUUAAAAGACACUUACUACAAAGACCCGGAUAUCAAACCACAAACAAAUCUGACGUCACAGCAGCUGAUGAAGUUUGCGUGGCAAAUUGCUGAUGGAAUGAGUUACUUGUCCGCAAAAUCUGUAAGUUAGUUAAAAACUCAAAGGACAAACAAUUCUAAAACCUUCUCGUAAGGUCUAUCGUCAUGUUAAGCUCUGUCUGGCAUGGAAUAUUAUGUCUUCACAAGAUCACGCCUGGGAGAUGCAGACGUAUUCUUACCGUCUUGUCGAGGCUAUUUCUUUAAGGCCAGGAACCCUCCCGAUUUUGACGUCAUCAUAUAAGUUUUAUUUCAAUGCGAGAAUGGCGAUAUUUGUUCAUCGUUGCAAGUGUACCCCAUCGAAAUAAAAUAUCUGGGUUUUUCUCGUGUGAGCAAAGGCAGAGACGCGAAGGAAUAGGAUCUUUUAAGAUAUUCAGCUUAAACUGAGUGUACAACAAAUAUCCAUUUUAGUGACAAGGAAGAAAAGGAAUUAAAACUUCAACUUUAAAAAAUCGUCUUUGGUCGCUAAACUGCUUCAUUACAGAAUCCUAUUUCGAUUAAAAUGUUAAGGUAAGCGUUCUUUGAAAUGACUACGUAUUGCAGAAAUAAAGUAGUUUGCUUCUCUUUGGAAUAUGGAGCAGUUAUUGUAGUAGUUUUAACUUUCUGCCAUCUGGAAGAAAAAGAAAUACACACACCAUACUAUGUUGCUAGAUAUUUCUAUUUUCCUCUCUGAACCAUUUCAUUUCAGUUCUUUUUCUUCAACAAUCGCUAAGUUUUGCUGUUACAUCAAUUCUUUCUUAGAUCAUUCACCGAGACCUUGCGGCCCGUAAUGUGUUGGUUGGACAAAAGGAAAUGUGUAAAGUGACAGACUUCGGAAUGGCCAGAGAUGUGCAGCAGGAAAAUAUUUAUGAACGAAAGACAAAGGUAAUCAAGAAAAAGGGGAGGGGAGGGCGGUAUCACAUUUCGUUCAGUUUAGUGAUCUUUGACAAUCAUUGUUGUGGUUGAGCUGAUAUAUUCCUGAUUUCGAUCAUGAAUUCCUUGGGACCCCAAUGAAACUAUCAGCCAUGCGUAUACGAGUACAAUUUCAAAUAUCACUCUUUCUGACUACUCGCUUCCUAUAAUUCUCGAGCUGUUUCACAAAGUGAUAUUUAAAAUCUUUAGGGCCGUCUUCCCGUGAAGUGGACAGCUUAUGAGGCCUUAUUGUAUGGUAAAUAUACCACCAAAAGUGACGUGUAAGUAUACCUGAUUAUUACCCGUAGCAGUUUAUCAAAAAUUUUAUCAAUUUUAAUCAGGACUUGAAUUCUAUGCUUUGUCAAAGAAUACAUUUAUUUUAUUCGUCGUAUAUACUGUUUAUUUCUAUAGUCACUUCAUUUAUAUUCGUUUGAUUUGUCUUUCUGCAGAUGGAGUUAUGGAGUUUUGCUGUACGAGAUUUUCACCAUAGGUAACAUCGAAUGGAAUUUUAUAAGGCUCUGUAGAUGUUUUUUGCUUUACACCAUGUUUAAUUAAACAAUGUAUCGUGUUCAGUCAGACAAACGUAAUGAGCUUCAAACUACAUCUAGUGACAAAGGUGGUGUUUCAUUGAAGGUCGUUUUUUUGUCACAUUUAUAUUUCGAUGGUCUUGUGGUUUUUCCAGGCGGUUCACCUUACCCACGAAUGGAUGGAAGAAAAAUUGCAAACUUACUCCAGGAUGGAUACAGGAUGCCUAAACCACAACACGUCGAUGGAAAGUUGUAAGUUUUCCUUAUUUACUUGUUCUCCCUCGCCGUACAAGGAAACAUUCUUUAAAUCUUUAACAGAUUAUUUGAAUAAUACCAGGUAUCAGAUCAUGAUGAAAUGCUGGAAGAAUGACCCAGACGCAAGACCAACUUUCACUGAAUUGAAAAAUCAGCUUAAGGACAUGGAAACCCUACACAAGGUCAGAAUUUUUAUCAAUAUGAAAGUUUUUUUUCACUUAAGACCGACUGGCUUAGGCUCAGCUAAUUAGGGUUAAACGUAAUAGCAUUGAGCCUAAAUAGCGUCUCAAUGACAAUUGAAUGUCUCAAUGACAAUUAACACUUGAUGGUUAUUUAAAAGAUCAUAGGAUGAUUGCAAAACUGCAUUGAGACGCCCUAAAAUACUUCGUCCUUGAAUUUGUUUUGGUGUGAAAACCUGACCACUCAUGAGGAUAACCACUUAAAACUUUUUUAAUGGUGCUGAUUAUUAUAUUAUUUUUCUCUGCAGAAGCUAAUUGACAUGAAAAUGUACGAUAAGCAAUUGUAUGCAAACGUCGAGGAUUUAACGGUGUAG